AUGUCAGACAAUUCGACGUUGAUCAGGACCUCCCAGGUGCUGGGAAUCACAGCUUCUGGGAUUUUAGCCGGUGGAAUCCUCAACUUCUCUACCGUCCUUGUUCCCACCCUGCUCCUCCCUGCAACAACCAGCAGGCGCACUUUCGACUCCUCCUUCCAACCAGGCACCCCAGUUUCCCACAUCACUUCGCAGUGGCACCACGCAUACAGCCUGGGCAAAUCCUUCGUCCCCCUCGCUUCCCUCAUAACCGCCUCCGCGUACUCCUAUCUGUCCUACCACUUCCGCCAGGGAACGCUCACCCGCCAGGGCAACGUCGUCGCUGCGAAUUAUUACCUCUUCGCCGCCCUGCUCACCGUCCUUCCCGUCCCAUUCACGCUUUUGAUCAUGAAGCCCACAAACAGCAAGCUGAUCACCAAAGCGGAGUCUGCAGAACGGGAAGGAAUCGUCGCUCACAAGGAGGGCGAUGUCCAGAGUGAAUUGAAAGCUUCCAGGGAGGAGGCCGAGGUGCAGAGCUGGUUGAAGACCUGGGCUAGCUUGAACACGGUCAGGGGAUUGUUCCCGUUUGCUGCGACCAUCUGUGCUGCUAUUGCAACUAUUUCAUAA